AUGGAACGUUCAUUCACCAUACCCCAAUUCAAUCUUGUAAGAUCUGACCGUCCCGAUGGUUACGGUGGUGUUGCAAUAGCAAUUCACGUAUCCCUCAAGUUUCGAAAAGUCGAUAUAGAGGUCAAUUUAAUUCAAACGUUUGCUCGCUACAAGAUCGACGUGAUCGGGGCAGAGAUCGACAACGGUGAUAACGUCCCCUCCUUGUCAGUUUGGUCCUGUUAUAUUCCCAAUGACUCAGCUAUCCCAUCAAAUGUUUGGAAAUCACUGUUCCAAUUAACUAAAAGUAACUGUAUCUUUUCCGGUGACUUUAAUGCACAUCAUCCUGCUUGGGGCUCCUCCUUCUCCUCCCGUCGAGGAAACGAAAUUUAUGAAACAAUUAACUCAUUAGGUCUCUGUGUCCUCAACAACCGCUCUGACACACAUCUUGGUAGACCUAACUGUAGUAACUCCGUAAUAGACAUUUCCUUCACCUCUCCCAAUUUAAUCUGGAACACAUCGUGGUCCGCACUCGACGACCCACAUGGUAGUGACCACUUCCCAAUACUAAUCUCAAUCAAAUCUGAUAUUGCCUAUCAGCCUUAUUCCAAUAGAUUAACUUUUGCUAAUUCCGCAAAUAUACAAUCAUGCCCUCCUCAAUUCAACUUCAAUAAAGCUAACUGGCAACUCUUUGCACAACUUAUCAAUUCCUCAAUCACUCAUAUUGAUAAAACAACUUGUAAUAUGGACAAAUACAACCAACUUACCCAGUUAAUACUUGACUCUGCCAAAGAAGCCAUUCCCCUCAAGCGGGUUAAUUCCAAUAAUUAUCCAAUUUCGCCCCCAUGGUGGGACUCUUCUUGUACCCUAGCCGUCAACAAACGCAACGUACUAUUUAAAAUUUAUCGCAAUACUGGUUCAAUACAAGAUCUUCUUAAAUACCGCAAUCAAUGCGCCUCCACCACCCGUCUAUUAAAAAACAAAAAAAAAGACUCCUGGAGACAAUUUUGCUCCACACUCAAUCCUUCAUCUUCUUUACAAUCUCUCUAG